CGCACCUUAUCAUUGCUAGCUAGAUAGCAAAUCUCACACUCUUCUUCCUCCAAACCCUCUCCCCAUAACAACUUUAUGGGGAUGAGCAAACAGAGAUCUUCUUCUUCUUCAUAUAAUAAUGUCUUUACAUUAUUCUUAACAUUUCAUGUUGUUUUUUUAACUUUUGCAUGUUUUUGCCUAGCAAGUGUUGCUGGCAAACAUGUUUACAGAAGCAAACAGCAGGGUAGCUGCAACAUGUAUGAUGGUAGCUGGGUUUACGACGAAUUGUACCCGCUGUACGAUUCGUCGUCCUGCCCGUUCAUUCGGGGCGAAUUUAAUUGCAAAAAAUAUGGUCGUCCGAAUCUCCGGUACCUGAAUUAUAGAUGGCAGCCUAGCCAUUGUGAUUUGCCAAGAUUUGAUGGUAAGAAAUUCUUGGAGCAGAUGAAGGGGAAGAAAAUUUUGUUUGUUGGGGAUUCGUUAAGCGCAGAUCACUGUGAGUCACUGCUGUGCCUUCUUCAUGCCUCCGUGCCCAACUCAAACGUUAUACCAUCCGUGAAUGACCCGGUUACUACAGUUGUCUUCAAGGACUAUGAUGUCUCGGUAUCAGUAUUUCAUUCUUUGUUCUUGGUUGACGUUGAAGAUGAAAAAAUUGGCCGUGUUUUGAAUCUUGAUUCUCUUAAAAACGGAGAUUAUUGGAAGAAACACGACGUUUUGAUAUUCAAUACUUGGCAUUGGUGGUACCGCAGUGGAGCAAGUCAACCGUGGGAUUAUAUUGAAGAUGACAAGAAAGUAAUGAAAGACAUGGAUCGAAUGGUUGCUUUCCGUAAAGCUUUAACAACAUGGGCUAACUGGAUUGAUUCUGAUGUCAACACAGAGACAACCAAAGUUUUCUUCCAAGGAAUUUCCCCUUCCCAUUACAAUGGCACAGAUUGGAACGAGCCAGGAGUGACAAAUUGUGCAAAAGAAACAGAACCAAUCAGCGGAUCAUCGUAUCCAGGUGGUUUACCAGAAGCAGCCAUUGUUCUGAAACAAGUGUUGAGUAAAAUGACAAAACCAGUGCAUUUACUCGACAUAACAACGCUUUCCCAGUUGAGAAAAGAUGGUCAUCCCAGCAGUUACAAUAAGUAUAAGGGCAUGGAUUGUACUCACUGGUGUAUUGCAGGAGUUACAGAUACGUGGAAUCAACUCCUUCAUGCAUCCCUAAUUUUGGAUUAGAAAUAUAUAGAAAUCUGAAAUACACACCAUAUUUUUAAAAGUAGCUAACAAUUCAUGUCUGCACAUUCUAUAUGUCAAAUCCUCUUGAUGCUGCUGAUUACUAAUCUUAUAAGCCAUCGUUUAUGUGUUC